AAUCUCCUUUGCUUUUCUAUUUAAGGAAAGUGAAACAGAUACUAGCAAAGCGAAGCACCUAGAUUUUUUAAAUUAAAAAAACAUAUUUAUUACUUCUGAUCCACAAAAGAUGCCGCCCAAGAAGCCUAGAUCUGGACGGAAAAAGAAGGCCCCCCCUACCGUGACCAAGAGCAAGACACCAUCUCGCCGAAGCGCAUCCGUAGAGCCCGAGACAUCCCCAACUCCCCCCCAAUCCCCCACCUCCAUUCCAAUUCCCAUUCCCACUCCUACUCCCACUCCCACUCCCAACCCUAUUCCCGUCCCUGUGACAAGGCGGGUGAAAUUGACUUCACUGGGGAAAGACUCCAAGUCCGCGGCCGCACCGCGUAGGCCCUUUCCUUUUGUAUUGGUCGUGCUUUUUCUUUUAGCCGUCCUCGCGGGGUGUUACCUUUGGACCGUCAAAGGCCCACCUUCGGUGGAGGUCCGGCGUGGGAAGAUGACCACGGCGUGUCCGUGUUUGGGCGGGGCCUAUUCCCCCCUCACAGGCCAGGGGAAUAAGGCCCAGGGCGCGUUGGCGAGGACCUUCAUGAGCGCGUACGCCCCGCUCACAGGACUGCAUGUGAGGUCUGAUUCUGCGUCUUUGGUGUUUAACGAGCUCGGCUUUGUGCGCUCCUGUAGUAUUGUCAUUCAUUUGACGAAGACCAUUAAUAAUGUUGAGGAGCUGCAAAAGAUAUUAAAACUUCCUUUUUCGCGGUCGAGUUGUGUGGUUUGGGUUGCCGACAUUAAUUUGUUUGAGCGAGUGUUCAACCCACUGAAGGAGCUUUUCGAGGACAAUACCCUGCGCGGUGUGGAAAUCGCUCCCGCAGGUAAGAAAGGGUUUUUGAUUUUAGUUUCUGAGAAGUCACGUGAGGGUCUGAAGGAGGAUCUGCCACAUCGUGUUGUCCAUAUGCUAAAUACCGUUGAGCUAUCGAAUGGUUCUGAUGUUUAG